GCUACACAGCUACUUGAGAUGCUAGAUGAGCACUGCGAGGGGACUUUUCACGUCUAAAGUCAGUUUAAAUCCCCUUCAAGAUGUCGUCAGGAAGAGUCAAUGAUAGUGUUGUGCGUCACGAUGCUGAUGUUUUACAGAUGGAAGAUGGGGCUGAGCAUGAUGGAGAUGGUCUUUCAUGUUCCUCGGUCCACUCCCACCAAUCAGGACCAGUCCCAAGCCCCAGUCGCCAGAACAGCCAUGGAAACCCUUCAUCCUUCCUCCGUCAUCGAGCGAGGUCAAGGACGAAUGAAAAGACAGAGGAGGAGGAGUUUGUGUUUGUUGAAGCGCCAGAGAAUGAGGUGGAAGCCCAGAGGAUGGAACAGAACUAUAUGUUUGGAUUUAAGAAGUGGAAGAGUCAUGUGACGAAGCGCCCUCUACAAGAAAGGUCAGAGGUCGUCCAGGAGCUCUACAAACCACCGCUAGAGAUCAAACCAUUUUCAUAUCCCACGCUAGGUGUUUCCAACGUGGUUUAUGCGUUGCUUAUUGGAUGGUUCAUGGCUCUGAUAUACACCCUGGUAGGGGUUCUGAUGCUUAUCACUGUCGUGGGAUGGAGACAUGGUAUCUACUGUUUCCAGCUUGGGCGCUACUUUUUAUGGCCAUUUGGAUAUUUCGUACAGGAGCAAACUGAAUAUAAGUUUAUAGAGGUCGAUGAAUCGACAAGCAUAGGUGAAGAUGGUGUGGUAAACACGGCUUAUAACGUCCGAGACCCAUCGGAUAACGAGAAGCUGGUGACAUCAUUGACCGGGAGUGACACUUAUCACCGAGUUGACAACAGUAAAUACUGGAAAAGGCCAUCUACGUAUGUAUGGCUUAUUCUAGGGAUGCCGUUUGUUUUCCUGCUUCAUCUUUUGGUGUUUUUAAUCUCAUGGAUGCUUAUUAUAUCCUUGCCAGUAGCAAAGCUCAACAUGAUAGCAAUCAAAAGGCUCUUGAUUCUACCUCCUGAGAAGCUUAAAGUCAGCAAAACAACUGCCAUCAAGCCUGGAGAGCAGUCCCAUGAAGUGAUUAUGUGUUCAUACCAAGCUGCUAACUUCUACUCAUACAAGUACACAGUAGAUGGCAUGAACAUCUUCUUUGUCAAUAUGCUUCUAUUUGUCGUCAUUGCAAUAGUUGUAGGAUUUGCAGACACGAACAACAGGUUCACUACAGCUAAAGGGAGAUUUGCAAUGGGUCUUUUGGCUAUUAUACCAUUGGCACACUACAUUGGGAUGGCUAUUGCAAGUAUUUCAGCCCAGAGUAACCACGUUGUAGGAGCAGUCCUGAACGCAACCUUUGGAUCUAUCGUAGAGAUCAUCCUCUACAUCUCGUCUCUCCUCAAGCAGCGGGGUAAUGUACCGCAGGGUAUCUGCUACUCUGAGAUAGUCAAGUCAGCCCUGACAGGAACCCUGCUUGCUACCAUGCUCUUUAUACCAGGUAUUUGCAUGAUGGUUGGAGGACUGAAGCACAAAGAGCAGCGUUUCAACGUUCGGUCUAUGUCGGUCAGUGCAACGCUUCUCUUCAUAUCGGUAGUGGGAGUGUUCACUCCUACGAUCUUCACCAUCACGCUAGGAGGCUUUGAGUGCAGUCAAUGUUUCAACUCUACAAAUCAUACGGCACUGCUAUGCUCGGGAUGUACCUAUGUCUACAAACUUAAUGAAGACUCUGACUUUCUGAAUCACAAGUUGCGUCCGUUGGUCUAUGUCUGUAUCGCCUUGCUCUUCUUAGCCUACGUCAUCGGCCUCAUAUUCUCUCUCAAGACUCAUACACAUAUUAUUCAAGAAAGUAGCUCCCAUGCGGGAACAUCACAAGCUAACACACACAGUAAACCUGAUGUACACUGGGGUAGAAUCAAGAGUACUAUCAUCUUACUAGUAGCUGUAGCGCUGAUGUCUCUUAGUGCCGAGGUGGUUGUGCAGAAUCUAGAGCCAAUUAUAAGUAGUUCUACGGUCAUAAAACCUGUAUUCAUUGGUGUGACAGUCUUAGCUGUUGUUCCUGACUUACCUGAAAUCAUUAACGGCAUCCAGUUUGCUCUGAAAAACAACAUUAAUCUCAGCUUGGAGAUUGGAUGCUCAGUAGCUGUUCAAGUGUGUCUCUUGCAGAUUCCUGUCUUAGUCAUAGUGGAUGCCAUUGUGAACCUAGGAUUUAAUCUGGUGUUCAACGAACUCCAUCUCUGGUCUGUCAUCAUUAGCGUCAUCAUCAUUAACUACAUCUUUGUCGAUGGAAAGUCAGAUUAUUUUCAAGGUUGUAUGCUGUGUAUCAUCUAUUUCUUUCUUCUUGCCAUGUUCUUCUUUGCUGGUGAUUCCACCAAGACAGACUGCAGCAUACUUAAUGGAUAGUACUUAAAGCCCCACUGCACUACUUAUAGCUACUUGCGCCCUCUAUACAGCCAACAAUGCCUAAGCGGUACCCGUUGAUCCCCCAUGAUGCCCUUUUUCUGAUGUUGACCACCUGCCAGUGACCUUGCAGGGAGGUCUAAUCCCUCCAUGCCCAAAUAGUGCAGAGGGCCUUUAAUAUGUGAGGUGAUUGAACGCUGUACACUCAGUGUGUAGAAUUAAUUAGCAGAACACGCCCUUAAUUAGAAAAUCCAAUCACUGUGAGUUAUCUCUUAAUACGAUUUGCUGGAUAAUUUACUGUAGUUUAUUUAUGUUUGUGUAAUUAUUUAUGUUUUUAUGGAAUGUACAAAAUUCUGCAAUUCAGCCAUCUAGCUCCAAAAUAAAUUUUCAAUAAAACCAUUACCAUUAAUACUGGACACAACAUUGUAUGGAAUGAUACCCAUAUUAUUGAAUUUGAAACAUGCUUCUGGUCAAAAAAGGUGAAAUUAAGCAUCCAUCUUGAUAAAAAAGGUUUAAUCCUUCACUGACUAGGGCUCUGGCUAUGUAUUUUCAACUAUCUUCGCUCCUGUGAUCUCAAAGCAGUAGACAGCAAGAAACUGUGUGAAUAUAAUAACUGAGCUUGAGAAGGUCCACAAGAGUGGAUGAAAGCUUGCCUGCGAGAUGUUAAGGUCGAUUGAAGUUUAAACUGCAUGUUAGAAUGAACCCAUUUAGUGUCUCUAUGGUUUUUCAACAAUAUAUUUUUUAAAUAUUUCAAGAGAGACCAAAUUUGACCUUCUAUGCUUUGUUGCAUUGUUGGAUUGGGUAUGAAAAAUCCGAGUUCCAUGAGAAAAAUCUUCUGCUUACUUGCGCCCGUCUUUUAUGCUAGCUGAACGUGAGAUAGCUGUCAGUGUCCAUGUGCAGCAGGUCAUAAUUCGCUGACAAUGUAUUAUUGACAACACCUAUUAUUUGGUAAAAGCCCAAAUUGUGUUUAAUUACCCAUGUGAGCCUUCUACAAUGCGUCUUUAAUUAUUUGUGCUUAUAUAGAAUGAAUUUUCAGGUUUUAGCGUUUUUGAGAAAUCUCAUUGUAUGAUUCAAGACGUAUUCAUUUUAAACAUAGUUCUCAAAGAAUGAACUUUUGUGUGUGUGUACUAAAUUGGACAUGUACCUACAAAUUGUUGAAUAUUGCCCCCGUUUUUUGUAUAGUGUGCUUUAAACUUGUGUGAUUUCCUUUUUAUACUUUAUAUAUGUAGGUCAGGGGUCAGGAGUGGAUGGGGGAGGGAGUGCUCACACUCGUCCAGACCCCCUCCCCCGUUUUUUUUUUUUUAGGGGGGAGGGGGGUACAAAAUCAUGAAGCCACCCCUUUAGGAUUUACACAUGUAUAUGGGCACAUUUAUAUUCUAUACGACAUUCCAGAUUUUCAAGUAUUAGUGUUUUAAAGAUUUAAGGUGCUUAAGGGGGUAUCUCACUGAGGGAAGAAUGCUUGCGAACAUAGCGAAUUUGGGGUU